CACGGGGUGCUGCUCUUCUCGCUCUCACGGCGUUUGAAAUUUUCACGCAAUACAAUAUAAAUUUUAUUAUAUAUAUCGAGAUGCUGUUAGAUAAGAUGACUUUUACCACGAUGGCGACGACCAUGAUAACACACUUCAAGCACGGAUUUGACUGGAGGAUGUUGCUGUCCGGAGCGUGGUUCGAGACGAUCGCGGCGGCGCUUCUCGCGAUUCUUGUGCUGGCCACAGGUUACCGACCGCCCUGGUGGUUCUGGACCAGAAAUCACAACACAAACGCCGAUGCCGGUGAUAAUGGGAACCGGAAGUUCAAGUCGGGACGCGACGUGCCGGGACCUUUGGCCCUGCCGAUUUUCGGCACCAGAUGGAUCUUCUCCCGCUUCGGUCACUACAGCAUGAACAAGAUACACGAGGCAUACAAAGAUCUGAAUCGGCAAUACGGACCGUUGUGCAAGGAGGAGGCGCUUUGGAAUUGCCUCGUGGUAUCCGUGUUCUCCCGUCGCGACAUUGAGGCUGUCCUGAAGCGAGGCUCGCGUUACCCGCUUCGUCCUCCGCAGGAGGUCAUAUCCCACUACCGGCGCUCCCGGCGCGAUCGUUACACCAACCUUGGUCUGGUCAAUGAACAAGGCGCGACAUGGCAGAAGCUACGAUCCGCAUUAACGCCGGAACUCACCGGUGCCAGUACCGUGUUCGGUUUCUUUCCGGCGUUGAAUAUUGUAACCGACGGAUUCAUCGAGUUGAUCCGCAAACGUCGAUCCGGCUCAACAACCGUGGCUGGUUUCGAGGAACUCGCUUACAAAAUGGGACUCGAGAGUACGUGCACGCUGAUCCUGGGACGUCAUCUAGGUUUCUUGAAGCCAGAUUCCAGCAGCACGCUCACAAUAAGACUGGCGGAAGCGGUCAGGAUUCACUUCACGGCCUCGCGCGACGCCUUUUACGGCCUGCCGCUUUGGAAACUUCUGCCGACAUCCGCGUACAAGCAGCUAAUAGAGAGCGAGGACGCUAUAUAUAAGUACGUAUUUGUGUACGUUAUAUAUUUCAGACUCAUGCCCACGACGCCUUGCAUAGCUCGCAUAUUAGACGAGCCAAUAGAACUGGGAGGGUAUCGUCUCGAUCCUGGGACAGUUGUGUUAUUGCAUACUUGGAUAGCAGGAAUGAGCAAGGAGAAUUUCAAAGACGCGUCCGAGUGCAUGCCGGAAAGAUGGUUGAAACCCACGCUGCCUCACUCGCCCCUGUUGGUAGCUCCUUUCGGGGCUGGUAGAAGAAUAUGUCCGGGAAAACGUUUCGUCGAACUCGCUCUGCAGCUCAUUCUAGCGAAGAUCGCUCGGGAAUUCGAAAUAGUUGUCGAGGAAGAGCUCAGCUUGCAGUUCGAAUUUAUCUUGGCGCCGCAAAGUCCCGUGUCACUCGGAUUCCGGGAUCGUAUGUCGAAGGUCGAGGUGGCCUAAACGAUUUAAUCAGCGAAUGUUCGUUAAUUAAUGAGGCGAAUUAAGCAAAUCAAAUGAAAAAAAAAAAAAAAAAAA